UGUCUUUCCUUCUCACAGCUAUGCCCAGAGCUCUCCCAUUUAUGGCCGUUUGGAAGGUGGCAACAUCCCAAGUCUUUAAUGCCUCCAGCCAACUCCAAAUCCUAACAGCUUUCAAGAAGCCCCCGAAAAAGCUAAUCUUUUCCCCUUCCCUUCCCCAAUCAAAGCUUCGGCUUCCAAAUCUUAAGUACUGUUCCCAUCCUUCCCCUGCCUCCAUUAACAAGAGAGUUGGAAGUAGCCCAACCGCCCAUCUGUUGCUCAAGUGUAAUGCCUUCUCCUUGUCUUAUUACUGUGAGCUUCGGGUGAAAGAAUUUGAGAAGUUCAAGUGGGGAUAGUGCCGGCUUUGGAGUCUCCGAAAGCCGGGUGUUUUAAAAUUGUUUGAGGUAGAUGACCAAAACUCUAACGGCAAUCCCAAAGGUAUGCUUUUAAGUUUACUUGCGUGCCUUAUCUUUCGAUUUGGUAAGCGCUUGAAGGUAGAUAGGAGACGUUUGAGUGUUUAGAAGUUGACCCAUUGGAGAAAGAUUGGAUUUUUGGCAAGGAAUUUUAUGGUACUGUUGCCUAAAAAGACGGGGUUUUGUGUCUUUCUGACUGUUUUGCGACAGAUUAUGGUAUAGAGGAGCAGUGAAGGCUGAAGUAUUUCUGAUAUCUAGAGGUAAGUCACGAAUUAGAGAACUGGGGUUUGCUGAAAGCUGUUAGAAAUAGAGAAACUUCAGUGUUGGUAUUGGAUGAACCUUUUUAUUUGGCUGUGAUCUAAAGAAUUUGAUUCCUGGGAAAACAUAAGGAAUUCCAAAUUUUGAAGUUUUUUAGUGUGUGGUCCUGGAAAGAAGAUGGUUGGCAGUGUGGAAAGGGAUCAUGGUUCUCUUCACUGUAACGGAUCUAUUCACAACUCCAAUGGUGCUGAAAAAAGGCUUGAUGAGCUCCGUGGCCUUCUCGGCAAGUCCAACGGCGAUCUGUUAAAGAUUGUUGGCAUAGGGGCUGGUGCUUGGGGCAGUGUGUUUGCUGCCCUCUUGCAAGAUGCUUAUGGUCAUUUUCGUGAGAAGGUCCAGAUUAGGAUAUGGAGAAGGGCCGGGAGAUCGGUUGACAGGUCCACUGCAGAGCAUCUAUUUGAGGUAAUCAACUCUAGGGAGGAUGUUCUGAGGCGUUUGAUACGUCGGUGUGCAUACUUGAAAUAUGUUGAAGCAAGGCUCGGGGAUCGAACACUGUAUGCAGAUGAGAUCUUGAGGGAUGGUUUCUGCUUGAACAUGAUUGACACACCGCUCUGCCCGCUGAAGGUCGUGACCAAUUUGCAGGAGGCGGUGUGGGAUGCUGAUAUCGUGGUGAACGGUCUGCCUUCCACAGAGACCCGUGAAGUGUUUGAGGAGAUCAAUAGAUACUGGAAGGAGAGAAUUACUGCUCCAAUUAUAAUCUCUCUGGCGAAGGGUAUUGAGGCAGCUUUAGAUCCAGUCCCACGGAUAGUAACACCCACACAGAUGAUUAGAUGUGCAACUGGAGUUCCAAUUGAGAACAUUCUUUAUCUUGGGGGCCCAAACAUUGCUUCAGAGAUCUACGACAAGGAAUAUGCUAAUGCUCGAAUUUGCGGAUCUGAUAAGUGGAGGAAACCUCUUGCUACAUUUUUGAGGCAGCCACAUUUCAUUGUGUGGGAUAAUAGCGAUCUUGUUACUCAUGAAGUUAUGGGUGGCCUGAAAAAUGUAUAUGCCAUUGGUGCUGGGAUGGUAGCAGCUCUGACAAAUGAGAGUGCAACAAGCAAAUCAGUAUACUUUGCACACUGCACUUCUGAAAUGAUAUUUAUUACUCAUCUAUUGGCAGAACAGCCUGAGAAACUUGCUGGUCCAUUGCUAGCUGAUACCUAUGUAACUCUUUUAAAAGGUCGCAAUGCAUGGUAUGGACAAAUGCUAGCUAAAGGGGAACUGAGUCCUGAUAUGGGUGAUAGCAUCAAAGGGAAAGGAAUGAUUCAGGGUGUCUCUGCAGUUGAUGCAUUUUAUGAGCUUCUCAGCCAGCCUAGCUUAAGUGUGUUGCAUCCUGAAGAAAACAAGCCUGUUGCUCCAGUUGAGCUGUGCCCCAUCCUCAAAACUCUCCACAGAAUUCUAAUAAAAAGGGAAGUCUCUACACAGGCCAUUCUUCAAGCAUUAAGAGACGAAACCAUGAAUGAUCCUCGUGAACGGAUUGAGAUUGCACAAAGCCAUGCCUUCUACAGACCAUCUCUUCUUGGCCAACCUUGAUAACAUCAGCUCAUGAUCAAUCAACAAAAAGACAGAAAACUGGUCCUUCUUGUUAUUCUGUCGAUAUUAGUUUGAUAUGUGAUGGCCUUGAUGGAGUUGGUAGUGCAUAUUUUAUUCAGUUAAUAAGGAAUUUCUUGCCUCUUGCUCGGAACUAUAUUUAAGCACGCUUGAUUUAGUUUCUAUUUGUUAUGUAAACAAGAAGGCAUCCAAUUGAAUCUCGAGAAAAUAUCAAAAUAGAAAGCUACUGCUGUUUGUAAGAGGAGAACUAGUUUCUUUAUUUAUAUUUAAGAUGUACAAGACCUUGUGUGAAAAUAGUUUCAGAUCUAUUGAUG